CAGAGAGUUCACUCCCACACACAGAGAGCAGUCAUCAUGUCAUCCAGUGGAGAGAAGUCCUCUAAGGCUCCAUCCCAGACUGAUGGGAAGACCGCUCAGAGCAAGAAGUCUGAGAUGGGUAUGAUGUCAUACAAGAUGUGCGUCUUUGACCAGGAGAACUUCCAGGGCAGGUGCAUAGAGAUCAACAUGGAGUGUAUGAAUGUGUGUGACAUGGGCAUGGACAAGGUGCGCUCUCUGCGUGUUGAAUGUGGCCCCUUUGUGGGUUAUGAACAGAUGAACUUUUGUGGGGAGAUGUACAUCUUGGAGAAGGGAGAAUACCCCCGAUGGGAUUCCUGGAGCAACUGCUACAGGAACGACUUCCUGCUGUCCUUCAGGCCUGUCAGAAUGGAUCCUGAGAAGCAUAAGAUCUGUCUGUACGAGGUUGGAGAGUUCAAGGGGCGCAAGAUGGAGAUCAUGGACGAUGACGUUCCCAGCCUGUUCUCCUAUGGCUUCACAGACAGAGUGGGAAGCAUCAUUGUGAGCUGUGGAACGUGGGUCGGGUACCAGUACCCUGGUUACCGUGGCAGCCAGUACCUGCUGGAGAAGGGUGACUACAGGCACUUCAAUGAGUAUGGUGCCCGCUGUCCACAGUUCCAGUCCGUCAGACGCAUCCGGGACAUGCAGUGGCACCAGCACGGUUGCUACACCAUGGCCAGCAAGUGAGGAGGAGGCUGAAGAAGAGGAGGGAGGAGAGGGAAAGGGAGGGAGAGUCAUUUCAGACAAUUUUACAACCUGGCCCAGAGAGGCAGCAGGGGUAGAAAGAUGUGGUAGCUGUUAUUAUUUUAUUAUGUGGUACCAACUCCCUUUCCUACUGAUCACACCCAUGCUUUAAUGAGAAAUAGGCCUGAUUUGUUUUAGUCUUGUUGCAGAGUGGUCUAUCUCUCUGUGAAGAUGGAAGCAUCUUAAUAGAUUUUAAUGAAAAGCACAUGACCACACACACACACAGACUCACAGAUCACACACAUAUUAUAUAUACAUACUUAUACAUGAAUAAAAUAUUGAGAUAUAUCCUCACAGAAAUAUGUGAGCUAACAGAUCAGUCCUCCCCUCUCUCUCUCUCUCUCUCUCUCUCUCUCUCCCUUGCUCUUUCUCUAAACUCUACUCUUUCGAUUCCUUUCUUCUCUAUAUUUGCUUUUUCCCAUCUCCCUUCUUUUUUGUCCUGCAAAUAAUUCUUUCACCUGCUCUCCAACGCAGAAAAUCAAAGGGAAAAAGAAAGAAGGGGAGAAAUAUCUAGUUUUGACUGGUGAUUCUCAGGUCAGGAUCUGCCAUUGUGCAGUGGAAGCAUGCGCCUUCACUCCCUCCAUUUAAAACCCUGUUUAAAUCAUUUCAUUCAGCCUCAACGGAUCACUGACCGCUUUUCAAUAAACAAUAAUAUUUGACCUAAUA